AUGGAAUAUUUCGGCUGGACAAGUUUGGCGGCUCUCAGUUCAGCAGUGAUUUACGCCAACUUGCCAACGCGUCUCACAAUCGGAGCAGUUGUGCCAACAUUCGCGCAUCUCGCAAAAGCUCAACUCGUCCCAAUUUCCGGUGAACCAAAUGACCCGGAAGUUAUAGAUGAAUCGAAAUCAUUGGAAGCUUCGAAGCUUUUCGAUAAAGGCGCGCAUUUGGUGAUGGCAGUUCGACGUCCCGGUUGCCUUUUGUGUCGCCGCGAAGCCGCCGAAAUCAACAACCUCGCUCCCGCUCUCAAAGCCGCAAAUAUCAAUCUAAUCGCCGUUGUCCAUGAAACCCUGGGUGCCAACAAAUUCAAAAACUAUUUCACAAAUGGCCAGCUUUUCCUCGACACUCAACGCACAUUUUACGGCCCAAACGAGCGAUGGCUUCCGAUUUGGAUGGGAUUUUUAAGAAUCGGCACUUAUAUCAAUGUUCGGAAGGCCAAGGAGGCAAAUGUGAAUGGAAAUUUGAAGGGGGAAGGUCGACUUUUGGGUGGUGUAUUUUUGGUGGCCGAUGGCGAAUUGAAAUAUGCACAUUUGGAGAAGGAAUGGGGAGAUGCGGCUGAUAUUGAGGAAGUUAAAGCUGCCAUUGAGAAAUAUGCGAAAUCUCGUUAA